UGCCGGCUCCCUGUUGGACACGGAGGGGGCGGAGGUUUCGGGGGAGACCCGAAGAGAGGAGCUGCCCCUUUAAAAAGUAGGGGCAGCUUGAUCCUCAGGCCACCAUGACAUAUCUAGGCGUUGGACCGGGGGGCGGAUAAACUGGGAAGGCACCAGUCUGGACUUUUCAGUGGCGGAGAGGGAGAGAGAUCAGCCGGUGGCGGAGAGGGAAGGCUCAGCGGAGAGGCGGCUUUAAAGAGGAACCCUUGGGCAGUUUGGGAUUCUACGGCCUGGCCGCUUCGGGGUCCCUCUGGACGGCGGACCUUAAGGACACCGGGGUUUGAGGAGGUCGGUUGAGCUGCAACUUGGCCGUAGUGACCGCCUAGCUGGUCCGCGGAGCGGGGAGCCGCAUCCCAGAGAGAGUCCUCGGAGUCGGGGUGGUCGCGGUCCUGGUCCCCCGCCGUCACCAUGCUGCUGCUCCUGCUGGGCAUCGUCGUGCUGCACGUCGUGGUGCUCGUGCUGCUCUUGAUCUCCACCAUCGUCAGCCAAUGGAUCGUCGGCCCAACCUACAAAGCGGACCUGUGGCAGAACUGUAGCGCCGACGCCGCCAACAGCAUCCAGCACUGCCUCACGUCCUCCAUAGACGAAUGGCUGCAGUCCGUCCAGGCCACCAUGAUCUUGUCCAUCAUCUUCAGCGUCCUGUCCUUGUUCCUGUUCUUCUGCCAGCUGUUCACCCUCACCAAGGGAGGACGCUUCUACAUCACCGGAAUCUUCCAGAUUCUUGCCGGGCUAUGCGUGAUGAGCGCAGCGACCAUCUACACGGCCAAGCAUCACGAGUGGCAGGUGCCCGGCGAGUACAGCUACGGCUUCGCCUACAUCCUGGCCUGGAUCUCCUUCCCGCUGGCCCUCAUCAGCGGCGCCAUCUACAUCAUCCUGAGGAAGCGGGAGUGAGCCGCCUUCCGCCCCCCCCGCCCACCUCCGCCGCGGCGGCCGGGAGCCCGCGGGAGAAGCCCGGGGAAGGAGGAUGGAGACCGAGAAAUCCGCCAGAAGACCCCCCCAAACCCCAAGUACCCCCUCGCCCGCCACGCCAAGCCAAAACAAGGGUUACUGUGUCGAUUGAAGAUGUAUAUAGUAUCUAUGGUUUCAACAGAACCUAUUUAUAACACUUUUUACAUAUAUGUACAUAGUAUUGUUUGCUUUGGGGAACCCUAAAGAAGUGCCUAAGGAACUUUUAAUGGUAACAGUGGAACAAAAGCUCAGUAUUUUUUUAUUUUCGUUCCUCCUCUGCCGACUCCCACUCCCCGCAGGCUCCUCCCUUUCCACUCUCCCCCCCCCCCCCACCCCAACACUGUAGCCUGUCACAAAUCUUCCACUUCCUUUCCUACCCCCACCCCAAUUUAAAAACCAAAUCGCGGCCAGCCCCUUCAGACCCCAGAUCUCCACAGACUCGGGGCGGGGGGCGGAGGUCGGGGUGCCGUGGGCUAGGCGACCCUUUGUAUAAACCCAACUUCUCCGAAUGGGAUUUGGGCUGGGCCACACCCACCUCCAUCCAAGCCCGGCCAACCACAUGUACCCCCUGACGUGUGUACACACACACACACACACUCAAACACACUCACACACACACACACACACACACAUGGCAACUUGGAAAAAGCGUUUCCCUUUCAGGCGGGCGAAUCCAAAUCGACGAUGAAACCAGAAGUCUCCAAGACCAAACAUCGUGAAAUGGUGCUAUGUGUAUUGACCAUUCCUUAUAUUGCUGGCGGUUUAACCUACUCACUGGAAAUUCGCUUAACAAUUUUACAAGACAAAUGCGAAUGAAGCAAUGGAAUAAUUCUGUGUAAUAUAAAUGGUCUGUAACGGCUUUUGUACUUAGACUGGCUGCUUUUAUUAUCGUUGUGGUUUUUUUUUUUAAUAAAGUGUCUAUAACUCCAUUUUUUUUUCCUUACGGUCAGGAAUGUCAGAACAAACUACUUGACUCUCUUGACCAGCCAGGAGUCCGAUGAGUGCAGCAUCCCUAGACUUCUUUUCUGUGCUUCCCAGGUGUGUCUGGCAAUGACUGUAUUGGCAACCGACUGUAGAUGUCUGUACAGUGCCUUCUGAUGCUAAGACUCCCGACCUGAUUCGCUUUGCUUUUCUGAUUUUAUACCAAGUGUGUGGACUAAGAAGCAAUGCAAUAAAAGGCAGAAUAACCCCA